AUGAAUCGUCUCCGACGGAUCGGAUGUGCUGCUAUUAAGACGUAUAAUCCUAGACGCUCAUUCCGCGUGAUGUCAUAUUCUACAAGUUCAAAGCAAGUCCCCGCAGAUUGGCUGCGUCGGGUGCUUGAGAAUCGCUCGGAACCUCCGAGGUUAUAUGCUUGGACACUGGCGAAUUUGCCGAACGGAACGCACAGUGUCGAUAAGUCUGCUAGAGAAAAUAAGGCGCAGGGAGUAGGGGACGAGCGAAGAAGGAUUUACAUAUUGGGCCUUGGUAACUUGGGCCGUCUGUAUGCGAGCUUCCUGGCGAAAAAUACGCCUAAGCCGCCUAUCACGCUUGUGUUGCACAGGAAAGAACUUCUAGAGCACUGGCGCGCGCAUCCGGGUAUCGAGCUCACGCGCUUUGGAAAGGUUGAGCGGAAUGCGGAUUUUGAUAUUGAGUGGUGGACUGAUGCGAAGCCAUCGGUUGGGCCGGUCCGGGAACCAAAUGAGAUUAACAAUCUUAUCGUCGCGACGAAGGCUGCUGAUGCGCUGCCCCAGGUUGAUCGCGUGAGAAGGUAUUUGGGGCCGGGUUCGACUGUUGCGUUUACGCAGAAUGGGAUGUGUAAGCUCUGGCCGCCGCUUGGGGAGGCGUAUGUUGAGGCUAGAUUUGCUGGGGGGAGGAGCCCUAAAUGGCUUACUUGUGUGACGACGCAUGGGGUUACCUCGUUGGGGCCGUUUCGGAGUGUGCAUGCUUCGCCGGCGGGUGUAUCGGUUGGGACUGUGAUGCGCGGUGAUGGACAGGGUGGUGAGUAUGAUACGUAUUUAGAAGGGCAGCUUUUGAGUGCGCCGGGGUUGGAUGCGGAGGUGGUUGGGACGAGGGAUUUGUGGGUAGCGCAGCUGGAGAAGUUGGUUGUUAACGCGGCUAUGAACCCCCUGACGGCUGUGCUGUGGUGUAAAAAUGGAGAUCUCCUUGCGAAGGAAGAUGGUGUGGUGAGGGUCGCGGAUUUGUUGAUUGAGGAGGCGGGAAGGGUGCUGAGGGCGUUGGUACUACAUAAGGGGAGUGAGGAGAUUCUUCUCGCGGGGAGGGUAGAUGUAGAUGGGGGUAAGAGUAGGGAGGAAAGGCUUGAGGGGAUUCGAGAGGAGCUUAUUGAAAGGUUCUCCUUCGAAAAGCUACGGACUAUGCUAUAUGAUGUCGCAGCUCGGGUAGGGGAGAACACGAGCUCAAUGUUGCAGGAUGUCCGGGCCGGGAAGAAGACUGAGAUCGAUGACUUUAAUGGCUGGCUAGUGGAAACGGCGAAGUACGUUGGUGAUGGUUGGACCUUACCGGCUCAUGAGAAGUUGAUUACCCUAGUGAAGGACGAGGCAAGCCUUACUAGGGAUGAGUUGAGUGGACACUUUCUUAAUAGAUAG